AUGCCCGAUGCCCCAAUGUUGGAUGACUGUAAGACGGUUCGUUUUAACGCUUGGGCUACGAUGAUCAAACGUAAAUUGGCUGCGAACGCCGACCACUAUCCCACUGCUGAACAUCGUAUGAUCUACGUUGCGAGCCGUUGUGAAGGAAAGGCGCUCCUUUAUAUCCACCCUCGUCUGGAAGAAGAUGCCUCGAACCCUUACCGAGACGCCCUAGAUAUUAUGGAGCACCUAAAGGGCGUCUUCCAGAACCCGAACCGUGCUGCUGAGGCUUACCAGGAAUACCAGCGUCUGACAAUGAAGCCAAAGGAUAACUUUAAUGACUUCCUUGCCGAAUUUGUUCGUCUCGCCGAAGAAGCGAACCAGCCAGAGGACCGCCGUAAGCGAGACCUCUACGAUAAGCUUCCGAACUUACUGCAGACCCAGAUGAUGCUGCUCGUGGAUAAGACUACCGUUGAUUUCAAUGAAUUUGUCCGCACCUGCCAGAGCGCAGCCCACAAUAUCACCCUCUAG